AUGUCUGGGUUCUACCAGCGCUCGCAUAUAGUUAGUCGUGGGUCUGGCAUUAUAUCCCCCCUCGCGGCGUUCGAGUUGCUGCUAGACGGGGUCCGGGACACAUUGUCCCGCUCUCCAGUAGCCCGAACGCUCGUGCUGGGCGACUUCAACGCCAAGUCCACGGCGUGGGGUGGCCCAGCAACGGACGCGAGGGGUCGGGCAGUGCUGGAGUGGGCGGCAAGCGCGGACCUCCAGCUGCUUAACCGGGAGUCCGUGAGCACGUGCGUGCGGUGGCAGGGCGAGUCGAUCGUCGACUUGUCGUGGGCGACGCCUGCCGCCGCGCGUCUCGUGUCGGAAUGGGGGGUAGCGGAGGAGGUGGAGUCCCUCAGUGACUACCUCUACAUCCUUAUGGAUGUCUCCGCUGCCCUUCAGUACCAUCCCGCUCGCGGACCCGCGUCGGGCCGACCGCAGCGCAGAUGGGCGCUGAAUCGCAUCGAGAAGGACGCCCUGAUGGCGGCCGCCCUCGCAGCGUCCUGGCCGGAUGCCCCGGCUGGACUGGUCGCGGACGUCGAACGGGAAGCUGACUGGUUUCGAGAGUCAUUGACGGCGGCGUGCGACGCCGCCAUGCCCCGAGCCAAGAAGCUCCCGAGGCGGGCCUCUCACUGGUGGAGCGACGAGAUUGCCGCGCUGCGUGCUACAUGCAGCGCGGCGCGACGUCGCUUCACGAGGGCCCGCCGGAGACGGAACCGCGACCCGGCGAGGGAGGCGGCGCUGUAUGAGGUCUACCGAGAGGCCACGGUGGACCUCCAGCGCGCCAUCAGGAGGCCAGUAACUGGUCCGCCGGCCUGGGGGUCACCGAGGGGAAGCUCGGGAUGGCCGUCGGGUGAAUGGUGGCCAGGACUACGGCACCAGGGCCCGACGGCAUCCCUGGGCGGGCGCUCGCUUUGGCGCUGCGCGUCCUGGGUCCCUGGCUCAGGCGGCUGUUCGACGGCUGCCUAG